CGUAGGUGGAUUCGCAUGAAAUGUCAGUGUGGAUUUGUUGAUCAAAACUCCUGAUAUCUACCGUUUUAAUAGAUAAUUUGCAUGCAUAUGAACUGAUCAAAUUGGCCUUUAACUAUGGCCUUACCAAGAGUGCUGUCAUCAAGGGGUAAAACCCAAGCAGAGAUUGAGAAGGAAACUUUUGAAAGACACCAGACGACGAGCAUCCAGAAAGCGAUCAGUGCAAAUGAAGUGCCUGUGAAAGAGAAACAUGUCAGAAGUGCAAUUAUCGGAACAUUUCAAGAAAAUGGCGGUGGGAUGUUUUGGAGUGUGUCAAACAAGCUUCCCCUGCAAGGGAACCCGAUUAUAUGUUGGAAGUUCCUUCAUGUUCUGCACAAGUUGAUGAGAGAUGGUCAUAAAAAUGUUAUCCUCGAUUCCCAGAAGUACUGUUCCCAUUUGACGGAUCUUGGAAAAUUAUGGGGUCACUUGAAGGAUGGAUAUGGAAAACUGAUCAAGUUGUACACAAGGCUGCUGGUGCAGAAACUCACAUUCCACAAAAAGUACCCGGCAAUUCCAGGCAGCCUAAAAUUAUCAGACGAAGAACUAGAUGAGAUUGUUGGCAGGGACAUUAAUAGCCAAUCAACUAGCAAUCGUAUGCAGGGGAGUUUCGAAGUGAGUGUUGACAUGCUGGAUUACAUGGACGAGAUCCUAACGCUACAAGCUGGAGUGUUUGGUUCCCUGGAUAUGUCACGCUCUAACUCCAUGACAGCAACCGGCCAAUGUCGUCUGGCACCACUCAUCCCGUGUAUCCAAGACUCUGCCCUUCUCUAUGAUUAUAUAGUCAAAUUAUUAUUCAAGCUUCAUGCAAGUCUUCCUGCUGACACCCUGGCUGGUCACAGGGAUAGAUUCGGACAGCAGUUCAAAAGUCUGAAGAAUUUCUACUAUAGUUCCCGCAAUCUACAAUACUUUAAGAAUUUGUUAUGCGUGCCCUCAGUACCUGAUAAUCCUCCUAAUUUCCUUGUCGCCUCUGAACUCCAUCGCCAUGAGAGGUUGGAGGUGGUUGUGCCAGAAGCCCAGCCUGACCCUGAACCUGAGGUGGACUCCUUAAUCGAUACGGCAGAGCCACCACAACCGCCCAUACCUGACCGGUUUGACAGUGUAUUUGGUGGCAAUAUGGGUAACUUUAACUUCACUGAGAAAGAUCCGAAGUUAGAGGAGAAAGAUAAACUGAUAGAGCAACUCCAUAGGGAAAUCGAGAGACUGAAGAGAGAAAUAAACAGAAUGAGGGAGGAUCAUAUGGUUACUGUGCAAGCACUGAGGGAACAGAUCAUGAACCUUGAAACAGAGCUGGAGUCGGUGAAGAAGUUAGCCCAACAUGCAGGAGAGGAAAAUAAUCGCCUUCGCAGCGAGCUUGAGAUGAAAGCAAGAAAUGAUGAGGUGGCGGUGCAGUUACAAUCUGUCGACAAACUUGCCAAGGCAAAUGAAGAAAAGUUCAAGAAGAUGAAAGAUAUCUAUGGUCAGCUAAGACAGGAGCAUGUUUCUCUCAUCAGAACGCAUGCAGAGGUGAAUAAACAGUUGGGAAGUGCCAAGAAAGUCCUAGAAGACAAGGAACAGGAGAAGAAGAGGUACUCCAUCACCAACUUCCCAGAGGAAUUGGAAGGUCAGCUCGAUCUUGCAAAGAAUGAGAAGAAGAUGGUUGAGAGUAUGAUGCAGAAGUCGUCAGAUGACACGACCAACCAGCUCGCUUCAACUAAGGCUUUAGUCAUGCAGCUGGAGCAGGAGAAAAAGGACAUGGAAGACAAGCUUCAGGCCAUCGAGAAGUCAAAAGGUGCGCUAGAAAAUUCCCUCCAGCAGACAGAAGAAGAGCGUAAGGAGUUGGAAGGCUUGAAACAGGAGUUAGACACGCUGUUACAUGACACUGAGGAGAAGUUACACGACAUGGAGCUGGAGCAUGGCAACCUGAAGGAGAGUUAUGAACAGGUGCAGACGCAACUGAAGGAGACGCAGGGCUCCAAGACGGGCAUUGUAAAGGAGCUCGAGUGUACGAAGGAAAGUCUUGUUGCUCUUGAAGCUAAGCUGAAGGAGCUCGAGAAACAGAAACAGGACGACAUCGAGAGGCUCAAGACCGAACAUAUGGAUACUCAACAUAAAAUACUGGUCCAUGCCGUAGAGGAGGCAGAGUCAAUAUUGAACGAUGCUCUGGAACAGUUUGAUAACCCUGGCCUGAUUGCUGUCAAAUGCUCAGCAGACUAUCUUAUCUCACGGAUCGACCCGACCAUUACAUCGACUGAGGAACUGAGGACAGCAUGUGAGAACUUUAAGGCACAUCCAAAACAAGAGGGAGUUAUCGAUGACAUUGUCCAGAAGCUCUCCAUGUUUUCUUACCGAGCUGGUGAUUGCAUCAUCAAUGGAAAAGCAACAUCUCAUUCUGCCCCGAUAGAAAAAGGAGAUGAAUUGGCAUCUAAAUGUCGUAAAUGUGGCACAGAUGGUUUGAGUCUACUUGGCCUGAUACGCCAGGAUGCCCACGACAACAUCCCAGCCGAGGUUGACGAGGUUUUGGCAUCCUUGCGUCAGAUUCAUGCCAUGGCAGAAGAAUUACGACCUAAGAUCCAGGAUGUGAAACCAGAGGAACUAGGAGACCUUGUGGACCAGGAGAUGUACUCAACGCAGGAGGCUAUAGACCAAGCGGCAUCAAGAUUUCAGGACAUGCUCGAGUCAUCACGUAAGGACCACAGUGGUAUCCAAUUGGAAGUCAAUGAGCGAAUCAUUGAUUCUUGUACUGCGCUGAUGAAGGCUAUCAAGAUCUUAGUGGAGAAAUCUAAAGCCUUACAGAGAGAAAUCGUAGCGCAGGGCCGAGGUGCAGCAGACUCUAAGGAGUUCUUCAAGAAACACCACCGGUGGACAGAAGGAUUGAUAUCUGCUGCAAAGGCGGUCGGGGCAGGUGCUAAUCACUUACUAGACUCGGCUGAUAAACUGGUGAGAGGUAAUGGCACAUUUGAGGAGGUGAUCGUGAGUUCUCAAGACAUCGCAGCAAGCACAACGCAACUGGUGGUGGCGUCGCGAGUCAAGGCUGACCCGAAGAGUAAGAGCUUAGCCGAUCUGACGAGUGCUUCGAAGGGAGUGACACAGGCGACGGGCAAUGUGGUCGCCUCGGCCAAGGCGGGUGCUUCUAUGAUUGAGGAGAAAGACACAAUGGAUUUCUCUCAAGUGUCUCUGACACAAGCAAAGAGGAUGGAGAUGAAUUCACAAGUCCGGGUACUACAACUUGAGAACGAUCUUGAGAAGGAACGGGUCAAGCUUGCUGAGCUGAGAAAGAAGCAUUAUCAGUUGGCGGGAGAAAGUGAAGGAUGGGAGGUCGAGGAUGUCGAGGCCCUUGAUGAGUACCUUCAAGGCAAACUUUUAGCUGAUGAGGUCAAGCAGAGGUUAGGCAUGCCUGAGGCUCCCCAGGGUCAGGUGCCAUUACAGGAGAAUUCAUCACAAUCAUGAUGUCUGCAUGUCGCAACUCAUCAUAACGGAGUGAACGCAACUGGUAAAUCCUUGUGAAGAAAGAUGGCGCUUUAACUGGAAUAUUUAGAGUUAGCAAUGAUGUAGCAUAGGAUAUACAUGUUUAGUGCUUGGGUUAUUCAUGUACUCUGUCUGUAUAGAGUGGUUUACUGCCAGGCCAGUUAUUUCGCCUGUAAACAUAAAAUGGACGGAUUACUCUGUUCAGUUUCAUCAAAGACAAAGAGAUUCAGGGGCAAAAACAGAUGUCUUGAAAUUUAAGGAGAGCCAACUCCUUAAAGAUCUCAUGCAUUUCGUGUACAUUGUCAAAUCAGUACGGGUGAGGGGGAUUGAGUGGGUCACAUGAUGACGCUGCAUACCCCGAUGAUAGUAUGGAAAUCUCUCAGUCGAACGCAUUUCAUUUUAAUCUCUGUCAUGACCUGUCAAGAUAUUUCAAGAAUCUGAUGAUGACCAUGUGCAUCUUGUAGAUACAACCUUUCGUGGGUAAAAUGGUAUUCCAUGCAGGGUUCGAAGUGUCACAGUUUCACAAGGUCUCCAAGAUGCACACUUUCACUAUUUGUGAUGACCAAGAAGCGCCAAUAAAAUCUGCUGUGUGCUUUGACCUGGUUGUAAUUGCCUCUGGAUGCGUCUCGUAGUUGAGAAGUAAAAUAUAUCAAUGCUCUUUAUUGGUCAGUAAUUAAAUGGAAAUUAUGAAUAAUUGAUUUGUUAAUUCACGUAGAUGAUAGAAAUUUAAUUUAUGCAAAAUUAAUAUUUUACUGAUGAUGUUGUAUUGAUUCAAAGGUCUGUUUUAUUUUCCUGCAUCAAAGUCUGGUCUGUUGUUACUUGUAGACCUGUCAAGUGUCCUUGACGUUCUGAUGUAAGAAAACACUUGUGUUUCUCCUACACGUAGUAGAAGAGCCUUGUUAUUUUGUUUAUGUUCUUGGGAUGGUGUACUUAGAAAAUGAACUGUGAGUAUUUUGAGCAAGGUAGUUUCUUCGUAGAAUGACUGGAAUCAAUCUGUAUAGUAUGAAACCAGUAUAUUUAUUGACAGCAUGGAUGUACUUGUGAGUUGAGUAGUAACAGACAAAAGAUGUUCUAGUUGUUGGUGACUUGAAUAUCACUUCAGUCCCUUAUGAAUAAGUUCAAUAGUCUAUAUAAAAUUAAUGAGAAAAUGGCAGUUGAACCAACUUGAAGUCUGUAGUAUCUUAAAAUACUUACUUUGACAAAGCAUAAACAAUAAGCUUUUUAAUCGAAAUACAUGUACACAACUUUGUCUGGCCAUUUUAGGUUUUUUACAUGCAGUGCCAUUUUCUCAUGUAGUGGAUAAAGGACUAGCUUGUUUUCAAAUGAAUGAAUUCUUUCCUGAUCCUGCCAUUUUUUGCAUGUUUUUAAUGCUCAUUACUUAAUGGAGCUUGGAAGGCGGCCUUGUCGUUAAAUGUAUGAUAAUAGGUAAUCUACUUGUGAUCGUCAUUCAUAUUCAUGUGUAUAAAUUCUAUAAAAUAUCAACUUAAUGUUUACAUCUGGGAAGUGAAACUGUUCUUUAUACGUGAGCUUUGAAUACAUAGCACCUCUUUCAUUAUGGAAUGGCCAUGCGUACAACCUGGUUGUACCCGAUGUAGACCUACAUUCACAUUGGAUUCGUUUUGUGGCAGCUUAAUUUUUGCUGUGUCAUCACUUUCGGCUAUGUGAGUUACUAACUAUGUCUAAAUCUGGUGUAAUAUAAUAUCAAUGUGUCAUACAAAGUGUGCAAUUUCUCCUCUUUGAGUAGUGGACAAUUCAAUUUGAUUCUGUAUGUUUGUUCAAGCUUUUCUGACUUGAAAUCAUUGGAACUUUGUUCAAGUAGUAAAUGGUAUAGAUCUCUGAUCUCCUAUUCUGCCCAGCUCUCAGAAAGCCUGCAAAGAAGGCAAGAUGCACGGAAGUAGGGUAUUACACCUCUUUGACUAAUUCUUCAUCUUUCUGAGAGAGAGGCAGGAAGGGCACCAGUUAUUUGAUUGUUCCUUCUGAAACUAGUGGCAAGGAUGUCUGUAUAUUGUCAAAUCAUUUAUAGGUCACAAUUCUUAGUAAGGUACUAGUUUCAAUUCAUGACUUAAGUUUCAAAAUCUGUGCUUGAAUCUACUAUUUCAUGAUCUUGUGUAGUUUUCUUCUUGGUGGAUCACAGUUUUAAGAUGAUUCCAAAGUUCAGUAUUGUCAACAAUUUGUUGCGCAAUUCUAUAGAAAGACUUGUGCAAGGAUUGUUUUCUUAUCCACUUGACCCCUAUCAUCAUAGCUUGAAUAUACAUGAUUUCAGUUGAUGUAAUGUUAUAUCAAAUGAUUUUGCUCUUCAAGUCUUCAUACUUGUCUGUAGUGGUAUGAGUAUAAAUAUUCAUUAUACAUGAUGAAAUAAAUAUCAUA